CUGGCGGCGGCGCGGCCGCGGCUCACUCGCGCGCCGCCGCUCGCCUCAGCUCCACGACCGAACGACUCUCGCUCGCGCCCGGUGUCGUAUUACCGCUCUAAAUAUAACUCGCGAGCGCGAUCGCCAAUUUAGAAACGGUCGCGCGCCUUGUUUUGAACCAGUGAUUGACAGUGCUAAGUGAAGAAUACUACCCAGAUCGUCCAGCUAUCCUCCGCCGAAAUGGCACAGUUGAUAACUGUGCGGUUGAACAAAGCCGACCAGCAGCCCCUAGGCUUCCGUCUACAGGGCGGCAAAGACUUCGGCACACCGCUCGUCGUACAAAAGGUGAACGGUGGCAGCGCUGCCGAGCGCGCCGGUCUCCAAGCGGGAGACGCUCUGAUCCGCGUCAACAACACCGACGUGUACCUUCUGCGUCACCAGGAGGCGCAGGACACCAUCCGCGCAGCCGGGGGCAACCUUGAGCUCACUGUACAACGUGGCGGUGGCACUUGGCGUCCUACCGUGACCCCGACUGGCAGUCUACCCAGGCCAGGAUCGCGGUCCAUCGGCGGUACUCCGACACUGGUCACCAACACCUCCCUCAAGGCGACGCCCCAACCCUCGCGCGCCUUCGGCUCUGGUCACAACAAUGUCGCCAAGCCCUUCGGCUAUAUGAACGGUAACGACUCCAUGAAGAGCAUAGUAAACAAACAGUACAACACUCCAGUAAAUAUGUACAGCGACAAAACUAUUGCGGAAACUCUGUCGGCGCAAACUGAAGUUCUCGCGGGAGGUGUGCUCGGAGUGAACUUCAAGAAGAAUGAGAAAACAUACGACGCUGAGAAAAGUGCUGUUUUCAAGGUUCUGCAAGAGGAACAAAACGACCCUGAGCCAGAGCCUUCUCACUUUUACUCACGAGCGAGCGUGGCGCGCGCGGGCACGCCGUGCAGCCUGCACCGCACGCACCGCUCGCGCUCGCGCACGCCGCGCGUGGUGAGCACGCCGCAGCCGCCGCCGCCCGCGCGCGCCUGCGCCGGCACGCAGACGCCGCAGGAGCUGGCGCCCGAGCCGCCGCACCGGCCCAGCAUCCCCAUGGGCUGCCACGAGGUGCUGCCCGACGGCCGCAUCGCGCUGGGCGCGCCGGCGCUGCCGCAGCCGCGAGACGCGCUUCCGGUUGUCAACGACACCCCCUAUUGCUCCGACUGUAAUCGCUACAUUAUCGGUGUGUUCGUGCGCAUCAAGGACAAGAACCUGCACGUGGAAUGCUUCAAGUGCUCGACCUGCGGCACUUCACUGAAGAAUCAGGGCUACUACAACCUGAACGGAAAACUGUACUGUGACAUCCACGCUAAACUGGUUGCACGCAACAACCCGCCAGCGCCAAACCUUGAACCUGUUACCGUGCCUCCCGGCGGCCGGCUGCCAACCAACACAUACUCCACGCCGUUGCCUCCGCUAGCGACCAACAAUUAUUCUAACGGAUCGUCAUCGCUCUUCAGCCCGUCGAGCAACCUGUCGGGUCCGAAGCCUUUCGGUUCGUCUAUCGGGUCGGCGUACUCGCCAUCGCUAUCGCCGCGCUCGGCCCCGAUGUCGCCGGCGCGACCGGUGGCGGCGCCCGCGCCUGCCCCUGCGCCCAUCUCCGCUCCCCAACCGGCGGCACCCUUCGCCCCCACUAACGAACAGCUACCUACAAGCAGUCCCCAUAAAACGGAAUACAAAAGUCCAGCAGAGGAAAGGCUUAUAAGGAAAAUGGCGAAAAUGGCAUUAAAUGGUUAUGAAAUUGGCAUACAAAGAAAAAUUAAACCGGCUGACCACAUACAGACAAUGGCCGAUAAAAUUCAGGACACAGUCGUUACAAAACACCCGCUGAAUUCAGACAAUUUGCCAUCUACAGAAAACAAUUUCACAAAAACUUUGGAUCGAGGAUAUAAAACACAUGAAAAUAUACAAAGCAUUGGUGAUAAAAUUAAAGACACGAUUAAAAAUAACCAUCCAAUAAUUGAUUCAUUGUCGAAGCCAAACAUCUUGGUACCUCCGCCUUUACCAAACUCCCCAGUACCAACUUUUAACGUCCACAGUACUCCGAUAGGUCAUUCGCUGAAUACUAUUACUGAUAAGAAAAAAUACGAUACUAUGCCCAAAGCUCUCAAUGCCAGUUUGGUUAUGGAAGAACGUUCGAUUAACAGUAAUGAAAAUCCUCUUAAUGGCAGCGGUUACUCCAGUAGUGAAGAUAUACAUAAAACAGAAAAUAAUUAUACGGGCACAUUACGUAAAACAGGCUUAGACAAAUCUUCCUUUUUAAACAGCAUGAAUGGCUCAACUGGCACGAACAUAAUUAAUAAUGAUAUUAAAUCGGAACUUAAAUUUGAUAACACAUUUUCUAACACACUUAAUAAAAGAAAAUUAUUUGAAAAACCAGAUACUCCUAUAACCAACAAUCUUACAAAAAUGAACGAUAAGGUUAAUAAUGUUGUCGACACAAAUAUUUGGAACAAAACUAACAAUAUUGAACAUGGGCCUAACUCCGAAAAUGGAAAGAGUGUAUACACCGCGCAACAAGAUGAUAAAAUCAGCGAGAAGAAAGAACUUCCUGAUCAAUUGUAUGAUAAUUCGCUUUACACAUACAAAAACUCCAACAAUAAAUCGAAUAUGAAUGGUAAUGGACAAAAUAACGACUAUGCAAAUAAUACUUACUCUGAGGAAAUUAAAGACUUAUCUGAUAACGAUGAUAAGCAACAACAGCAAAAAGCGGAGGAAGAAGUAGUCGUUAGGCGUAGACAAAAGAAAACUUCAAGAGACGAUGACGGCAGAAGAGAUUCUCAUAUAAUUGCCCGUCCUUUAAGCACGAUCCAAUGCGCUGACGUUUCGGAUGGACUUUAUCCUGUUUGUCACAAAUGCGACAAAGCCAUAACGAGGGGUCCAUUCAUAACGGCUUUGGGCCGCAUCUGGUGUCCGGAGCACUUCAUUUGCGUAAAUGCAACGUGUAGGCGUCCUCUUCAGGACAUUGGCUUCGUUGAAGAAAAUGGUCAGCUCUACUGUGAAUUCUGUUUCGAACAGUACAUCGCGCCUGCUUGCGAUAAGUGCCACGCCAAAAUUAAGGGCGACUGCUUAAACGCCAUCGGCAAGCACUACCAUCCUGAAUGCUUCAAUUGCGUCUACUGUGGAAAACUGUUCGGAAAUAAUCCCUUCUUCCUAGAAGAUGGUCUGCCAUAUUGCGAAGCUGACUGGAACGACCUGUUCACGACAAAAUGUUUCGCUUGCGGCUUCCCGGUGGAGGCAGGCGACAGGUGGGUCGAGGCGCUCAACAAUAACUACCACAGUCAGUGCUUCAACUGCACGGUGUGCAAAAAGAACCUCGAAGGACAAAGUUUCUUCGCCAAGGGAGGUCGACCUUUUUGCAAGACACACGCCCGCUAGAAGUCCUCAGCAUAUAAUGUAUAACUCUGACACUGUUUACAUGACUACUACUUUUCGUCCCGUAUCUCCUUCUCCUAUCACGCCUCCUUUAAAUACGCCCUCGCCGCAAAGAACAAGAAAGUUGGAAACGCCCCUCCACUUCGAUGGAGGGCUGUUUUCCGACAUAAGAAGUACAGAUGGUAAGUUACUCAGCAAGGUGACCGUAGAUCGAGUUCAAAAAUCGUCACGACAUGACAUCACUGAUUCACCCAGCGUUGUUACCGAUGGACAUAAUUAUGUCGAUGACAUCGUUAAAACAGAAACAAUAACGAAUGAAAAUGUCAUUACAGUUAAAUUCACUCCCGUGGCGCCAGAACUUGACUCUCCGAGAUUGCUUACACCAUCUCAGAUGUACAGGGCUCAACAAAAAAGUCCAGUUGAAUAUCUUAAGGAUAAUUUUGAAGAUUUACAAAGCUACAAAAUUGUAAAUUCAGUUUGCAAAGAAAAGUUACUUGAAAAGGAUAACUUGGAACCUGUAUUUAAAGAGGGUAGAAUAUCCGAGUCCCGUGAAAUUUUUGUUAACUCUACGUGUAAGGAAUCGUUUUUGCAAAAAGAUGUUUUCGAACUCAAUGAAAAGGGAAAAACUGCAAAUACAAUUAAUGCUUAUGAAUCAAUAAAGAGAGGCCCAAGCCCACUGGCAAAUCUUGCGGCGUAUGAACCAAUAAAGAGGAGCCCAAGCCCACUGGUAAAUCUUGAAGCUCAUGAACCAAUAAAGAGAGGCACCAGCCCAUUGUCAAAUCUUAAGGUUUAUGAACCAAUAAAGAGAAGUCCAAGCCCAUUGGCAAAUCUUGAGGCUUAUGAACCAAUAAAGAGAGGCACCAGCCCAUUGGCAAAUCUUGAGGCUUAUGCACCAAUAAAGAGAAGUCCAAGCCCAUUGGCAAAUCUUGAGGCUUAUGAGCCAAUAAAGAGAGGUCCAAGCCCAUUGGCAAAUAUACUGAUCUCUGAGCACCUAAGCAAAAUAGACAGUUAUUUGCAGGAGAGUUUAGACGUAUGUUCAGGAGUCAAAGGUAGGGUUACUCCAAUACCGAUUAAUAUUGAAGGAUAUGAUAAAUCGGGACAAAUAAGUGAUGUUGAAAAGGUUCCUCAUGCAGAAGAAAAACAUGAACCACAGGUAGCAUACGCCACGACAGCGACAAGUCAAACUACUAACGAAAGUAAGCAAAGCUCAAGUGAGUGUCAAGAAGAAAGAUUUGGCUAUCGUGCAACAAGAACACCAGAACCUUUUGUCGAACCUGCGUCAAAAUUAAACAGUGAUAAACAGCGUGGAGUGCUGAGUGCUAUUUACAAUAUGCCGAUACAUUAUCAUGCAGCGAUUCUGUGUUUCUUUUUAAUUUUAUACAAUCUCAUAUACCAAUACGUAAAGCAAAAUUGCCAUGGAAGUAAAAAGUAGAGUGAGUUUGACAUAAAAAAUGCAUACUAAAAACUAGUCAUUGAAUUCAGAGACAUUGUCAUUUUGUUUCUAUGUUUUUACCAAUUUGAUGUUAUAAGUUGUAAAUAGUCACAGGUAACAAGUAUUUCUUGCGUCUUUUGUGUACCUACCAAUAAUACCUACUUUAUAAUUAACAAUUUGGUGCUUUUCACUACUAUUCUAUAAAUUGCUGGCAGUAUUGUGAUACUUCACAUUUGGAAUAAGGCUUUGUAUACAGCUUCCGGAAUGUUGCAGUAAACUGUUACUAACAUUAACAGUAGUCCUUAAUUUGUAAAUCAACAAAGCAAUUAUACAGAGUAUAAACUAUAACAAUAUAAUCUAUCAUACGAAUACAUAUAAUAAAUAAGUAUCAAUUGAUUGGUGCACCAACAUACAAAGUAAUUAGAAUAUUUCUUUUAUAAACAAGUAGGUACUCCUGUAAGAUUAUACCGAAAGUUUAAUAUUAAUUUCAUGCAUUAGAUUGUUUAAUUACUUUUUUUAUCCUGCUAUUUGUAAUAAUGAUGUAGAUGAAUAAAAUUUUCGCAAUCUUAUUUACAGUUGGUAAUAAUCUUAAUUUUAAGAACUAUUUAUUUAGACUUACUUUAUUGCAAUUAGCAUAACACAUAAGUAAUAUGUGGGCUUACCUAAAUAAAGUAUAUUUUAUUUUAA